UACCCCAUUUUCUCCCUCCUUUCGUCCAUAAACCCCAUUUACUUUUUUUCUCUCUCCUUAUCACUUUCUCUUUCUAAAAAACAAGAACUCUGUUUUCCUCUGUUUCCCCUGCUCUUCAAUCUCACUGAAAUGCUUAAAAUUUCCCAGAAACCCAUAUUUUUCCACAAAAUUCAAUCAAAUUCUCUCAUUUCUUGAAAAAUUCCCAAAUACCCACUUCAAAUUUCAUCAUAAGUAACCAUGAAUUCAUCCACAAGAACCCUGAUUUUCCGGCUCGGCUUUGCAAUCAUCAUCUUCCUCCUUGUUCCAAUACCAACCUCUGCUUCGACUUCAAGCUUCCAUUUCUCAUCGUUUAACGCCAGAAACUUCACUUUGUUGGGUGAUUCGUAUCUUAAAAAUGGUGUUGUGGGUCUUACAAGAGACGUGACAGUUCCUACUACAAGCUCUGGGUCAAUCAUUUACAAUACCCCAAUUCAGUUCUUUGAUUCUGAUGCUAAUAUUACUGCUUCUUUCUCUGCUAAAUUCUCUUUUUCAAUCAGUAAUAUUAAUCCCACUUCAUCUUCUGGUGAUGGAUUGACCUUCUUUCUCUCUCCUGAUAAUCAGAGUCUUGGUAGCCCUGGUGGGUACUUGGGUCUUGUGAACUCCUCUGAGUUAACCAAGAAUCGGUUUAUUGCUUUCGAGUUCGACACGAAACUCGAUCCUCAUUUCAAUGAUCCGAAUGAUAAUCAUGUUGGUUUGGAUGUUAAUAGCUUAAUUUCAAUCCAAACUGCUAAUUUGCUGUUAAAAGGGAUUGAUCUCAAGAGUGGGGAUUUGAUCAAUGUGUGGAUUGAAUACAAAAAUGAGCAAAAAGUGGUGAGAAUUUAUAUGGGUUAUUCGAAUACCAAACCCAUGAACCCGGUAUUAGAGGUCAAAAUUGAUCUUUCAGAACAUUUGAAGGAGUUUGUGUAUGUGGGUUUUUCGGGUUCUAGUGAGGGGAGUACUGAACUUCAUCUGAUAGAGAGUUUUGGACUACAGAUUUUUGGGUUUUUUCCUGUGAGACCUCAUUUUAGGACUCAUAAUGUUUCUGACAGUUCUGUGAUAAUAACUCCUCCUCCAAGGCUCGAAUCGAACUCAAAGAAUCAUAGAAAGAGGAUCGGAUUAGCCCUUGUGAUUGCUGGUCCAGUAUUCUGCUGUGUUGUUCUGAUUGUUUUUGGUUAUGUUUCUGCCAAGAAAUGGGAGAAAAUCAAGAAACAGAAAAGUUUCAAGGCAGAAAUGGUAACUGGUCCUAGACAGUUUAGCUAUAGAGAGCUGAAAUUUGCUACAAGGGGGUUUCAUUCGAGCAGGAUUCUGGGAAACGGCGCGUUUGGGACUGUCUACAAAGCAUACUUCAUGUCUUCAGGAAUUAUUUCUGCAGUAAAGAGGUCAAAGCAUUCCCAUGAAGGUAAAUCUGAGUUUCUUGCUGAGUUAUCAAUUAUUGCUUGUUUGAGGCACAAGAACUUGGUUCAACUCCAAGGUUGGUGUGUAGAAAAAGGUGAAUUGUUGCUUGUUUAUGAUUAUAUGCUAAAUGGAAGCCUUGACAAAGUGCUGUAUCCAGAGUCAAAAAUCGACACUAACCCACUCCCAUGGGCUAAAAGAUACAACAUUGUAGUGGGUUUAGCUUCAGUUUUGACAUACUUGCACCAAGAAUGUGAACAGGUAGUCAUACAUAGAGAUAUCAAGACUAGCAAUGUGUUAUUAGAUGCAAAUUUCAACCCAAAGCUUGGUGAUUUCGGGUUAGCUAGACUUAUGGAACAUGAUAAAAGCCCGGUUUCAACAUUAACUGCUGGAACAAUGGGGUACUUGGCUCCUGAGUAUCUGCAGUAUGGAAAAGCUACUGAAAAAACUGAUGUAUUCAGCUAUGGUGUUGUGGUUCUUGAAGUGGCUUGUGGGAGGCAGCCGAUAGAGAGAGAGACAGGUGAUCAGAAGAUGGUUAAUUUAGUGGAUUGGGUUUGGAAGCUUCAUUCUCAAGGAAGGCUACUUGAAGCUGCUGAUCAGAGGUUAAAAAUGGAGUUUGAUGUGGAACAAAUGAAGAAGCUUCUGCUUGUUGGGUUAAGCUGUGCAAAUCCUGAUUGUUUAGAGAGGCCUAAUAUGAGGAAGGUGCUUCAGAUACUUAACAAUGAGGCCGGUCCUGUACUCGUUCCUAAAUCGAAGCCAACCUUGAUUUUCUCCAGCAGUCUUCCCCUCUGUAUAGAAGACAUUGUUUCUGAUUAUGAACAAGAGAGUCAAGGCUCAGAUGAUCUGUUUCAGGAUACAGUUCAAGGUUGUCAGAAUUUGAAAGAGAUUUGCUGAACAAUAAAAAUCACUUUACUUUUGGAUUAAUUCAUUCAUUCUUUCAUUUGAUUUUUGUUUUUCAUUCUUGUUGCAUAGUGUUCUCUUAUCUGUAAAUCUUUCAAUCAAAUAUCAAAAUUCUGAUA